GCGAGAGGGCCUUGACCGAAUCCAAGCUGCCCAGGGGUGACUACGAGAUGGACCCCGAGUUCUGUGAGGCCGUUGUGGAUGCCUCGGGCGCUGUCGAGAGCUCGGCCGACCGCGACGUGCCUUUCCCCAGCAGCAGAGCCAUCGUCGGCGUCGCGGCUGAGGGUGCCCACGCGGGAGAGAGCUCGAGGCGCGUCAUUGGAAAGCGGGCUCGGUCAGCUGGGGAGAGCCCGAGCGGCACUACCAGCGAGUCCGAGGCCGCCGUCGAGCUCAAGCGGCAGAGGACGCUGGCGAGGCGUGUGAAGGGGCGGCACCGCGCGGUGGCUCGUGCGAUCGAGGGCAGGGCGCCGCUCGACCGAUACUUGGAGUCGAGCACGGCGACGCCGCGGGUGAGGGCCCAGUAUCAGAGAGUGCUCGAGCAGUUGAAGCAGAGGUGUGGCCGCCAGGAUUUUUUCGAGAUGCCAGCGGAGACGAUGGACGCCUGCCUGGUCCACUACUUCGCCUCGCUGUACCUGCGGGGCGAGCAGGAGCGAGCGACGCCCGACAAGGUGGGGGAGUUCGACCUGAGCGUGAGGCUGGACUCCUCGUGGCUUCGAUGGAUCGGGCCAGUCCUGAGCGAGAUGCAGAUGCUCGAUCCUCGGAAGCGCGUGUGGGAGUUCGACUACCCCGAGCUGCUGCGCGAGAUGAAGGCGGCCUGCCGCAUGCUGCAGCUGCGGCCCGUCACGCCGUAUCAGGCGCGGCACUCGGGCGCCAGCGUCGACCGUGUCAGCGGCGAGAGGACGCAGGCCGAGGUGCAGCGGCGAGGAGGCUGGCGCCAGUUGAAGAACAUGGCGCGCUACGAGAAGAGCGCGCGCCUCGGGCAGCGCGCGCAGAUGCACGGGCCGAUGCUGGAGGCGCACGGCGACCAGUGCUUGCGCGAGCUGGAGCGCGCCUUGGUGUGGGGGCGAGCGGUGCCGCUGCCAU